AUGUCUCCCACAUUAACAGGUACCGUCAUGGCUAAUGCUGCUUUUGAAGAAGACCCAACUCGAUACGAAGAGGUGGAUGUUAAACAUGCAAAUAUAAUAGCUACAGGUUUGAAUAAGAAGCAAUUAAGAGUUGUCAACGGUCUUGGAUCAUUUAUGGGCUCGAAAGAAAUGGUUGAUCUCAGUCUCAAAACUCCAAAAUUACAUAUAUCAGAACAGCCAUGGACGUUUUCAAAUUGGUAUAAACAUUUAAACUGGUUAAACAUUAUACUGGUUAUAGUCAUACCAUUGAUCGGAUGGAUGGUAUAUUUCACCAAUGCAGUGCCAUUGAAAAGAGAAACUUUUUAUUUCGCUAUAUUUUACUAUGGUAUUGGAGGACUUUCAAUAACUGCUGGCUAUCAUAGGUUAUGGUCACACAGAUCAUAUUCCGCAAUAUGGCCAUUGAGACUGUUUUUUGCUUUUUUUGGCGCUGCAUCUGUAGAAGGUUCUAUUAAAUGGUGGGGCCACUCUCAUAGAAUUCACCAUAGAUACACUGACACUAAGAGAGAUCCAUAUGAUGCAAGACGUGGUCUCUUUUAUUCGCAUAUGGGUUGGAUGAUCUUGAAGCCAAAUCCGAAAUACAAAGCUAGGGCUGACAUUUCUGAUUUAAAUGACGAUUGGAUAGUUAGAUUUCAACACCGUCACUACAUUCCUAUCAUGGUACUUUCCGCAUUUAUUGUUCCAUCUCUUGUCUGUGGACAUUUCUUCGACGAUUAUUUGGGUGGAUUCAUAUACGCCGGAAUAAUAAGAGUCUUUAUGAUACAGCAAGCUACCUUUUGUAUCAAUUCAAUGGCGCAUUAUAUUGGCACACAACCUUUUGAUGAUAAAAGAACUCCUCGUGAUAAUUGGCUCACUGCAUUGGUCACAUUUGGUGAAGGCUACCAUAAUUUCCACCAUGAAUUUCCUACUGAUUACAGAAAUGCAAUUAAAUGGUACCAAUACGAUCCAACUAAAGUUUUUAUUUACUUAUCCUCAAUAAUUGGUCUUUCUUCCAAUCUGAAAAAAUUCCCACAAAAUGCAAUUGAACAAGGUUUAAUUCAACAGAUUGAAAAAAAAAUUAAUUCACAGAAAAGAAACUUAAAUUGGGGCCCAAGACUUACAGACUUACCAGUUUGGAAUUAUAGUGAAUUUCAAAGGCAAAUUGAAAAAAAUGAAAGGAAAUUAACUAUUAUCGGUGGAGUUGUUCAUGAUGUCACAGAUUUCAUAAAUGAGCAUCCCGGUGGUGAACCAUUGAUCAAGGAGGCAUUAGGUAAAGAUGCCACAAGAGUAUUUAGCGGAGGUGUUUAUUCUCAUUCAAAUGCUGCUUAUAAUAUCUUGGCUACAUUAAGAGUCGCUGUAAUCAAUGAGAAACAAAAUACCGCUGUAACUUUUGCCCGUAAAAGAGGUGAAAAAUAUGACAGAACAAAGGCUAAUUGA